AUGAACAGUAGCGAGAUUGGAGCUGAGCAAAACAAGUACGAUGCGUUCAUGAAUAAGUUGGGCCACUUUGAUAUGGACCAGUUCGCCGAGACAAUUUACCGCCGCGUCAAGGACGUUGAGCACUUGGCACGAAAGCUUCAACGCGAUUCUCGUGCUUAUCGCGAGAAGGCUCGCUCCUUGCAAAAGGAUGCCCACGAGAAGAUUGCUUACAAACACUUCAAAGAGGGUGAUCUCGCCCUCUUUCUUCCUACAAGGAAUCAAAGCUCGGGGGCUUGGGCUGCCUUCAACGUCGGUUUCCCGCAUUACUUCCUGCGCGAGCAGGAUAGCCACCGACUGCGGUCACGAGAGUGGCUCGUGGCGCGCAUCUCGCGGAUCGAGGAGCGAGUCGUUGACCUCUCCAAGAGCCUCCACAGGCAGCUCCCGGACACGGACUCUUUCAACGACGAAGACGAUAAUCCAUUUCAGCUAUCCGAUGGACUGCGGUGGUACAUGAUCGACGCUGUGGAGGAUAAAGCUGGGGCGCCGUCGACACCUGGCCUCGGCAAGUCGACCAUCGCGACGAAUAAUGUCGAGGCUCGCGCAGACAUGCAUACCCACGCGCAAGCCAGCGCAAAGGACAAACAGCGGGCUGCGGGCCACAGCAUCGAGGGCGUCAGUAAGGCGCUGUCCAAGAGCUUAGAAAGUCGGCGUAGCAGCACAAAUUCGAAGAAAGCCCUACCCCUCGGUGCGGGCGCGCAUCUUCUCAAAGGCAACGCUGUUGCGAGCGAGACCAACUCUCUGCGCACGGCGCCAGCGGAGAGUCCCGCCUGCGCAGGAGCCGCAGGCGCCAGAGGCCGAGGCGUCUGGGCCAAUACUCGCGCGCGAGACGAGCGGUGUUAG